UUAUAAACAUCAUCCAUGGAAUAUUGUAUUGUAUGGUUACUUCCCUCUGUAACAAGGGUUUAUUUAUUUUUACAGCCUGGCCCAUGCCUAUUUGCUUUAAUGGGAAUUCGUCUGGAGGGCAUAUUUUUUGCUGCAACACUGCCUCUGCUACUUACAAUGGUGUUGUUUCUGGGCCCCUUAAUACAGCUGACAAUGGAUUGCCCAUGGGAUUUUAUCGAUGGCCUUAAAGUUUGCUUGGAUCCAAGGUUCUGGAUGCUGUGCCUUUCAGACAUGCGGUGGAUGCGGAACCAGGUGGUGGCACCAUUGACUGAAGAACUGGUGUUCAGAGCCUGUAUGUUACCUAUGCUCAUUCCAUGUGCAGGGCUAUGGUCAGCCAUCUUUACUUGUCCACUCUUUUUUGGAGUUGCCCAUUUUCAUCAUGUUAUUGAGCUUCUUCGAUUCCGGCAAGGGACACUAUCAGGCAUUUUCUUAUCUGCAGUCUUUCAGUUUUCAUAUACAGCUGUUUUUGGAGCAUACACUGCAUUUAUUUUUGUCCGAACUGGACAUCUUGUGGGCCCAGUGCUGUGUCACUCAUUUUGUAACUACAUGGGAUUCCCUGCACUAAGUACAGCGCUGGAGCACUCCCAGAGAAUCACUAUCUUCACUUUUUACCUGCUUGGCAUGCUGCUGUUCCUUGUACUUCUUUUCCCAAUGACAGAUCCUACGCUUUAUGGCAGUGCACCUUUGUGCAGUUUGGCUCAGAUGACCCAGGGAGGGGUAGGAACUUUGUGCUCCUGACGCAAGGUCUGUCCUUCGGUCUGAUACCCCAUUAAUGCAGCCAUAGCCAGCUCAGGGGCAGAGGACAAUAAUAAAGCCAGCUUUUAAGCAAUGGAACUACAAUUUUAGUGAAAUGCUGUGAUUGAUAUAUAGAGUCUUCAGGGACUGAUGCCAUUCUUUUUUCCAGAUUAAAAAACAAACUUAUUUUAAAAUAUCUGUUUAAAGAGAGCUAUAUUUUGGGGGAAAAACAUAUAUGCAGUUGACUGAGAAAAGUGUUUUUGUGGUGUGGUAGGGGGAGUGUGUCGUGUUACAGUAUAUUUAUUAAUAUCCCUAAUUUUAAACUUGGUUUAUUUCCUGUAAGGUUAUGCAUAGUAUUUUGGACAGGGUAUAUUUUAUUUACAUUUAACCUCUUUUUUUUUAUUAGGUGUAACAAGAUGUUUCUGACAUUUAGUGAAAGGCAGCAUCUGCAUUUUUUGCAUAUUUCGUUUGACUGAAUUAUAGUAUGAUUUACUUAGACUACAUAUUUUCCAUCACCUUGUUUGGAUGUGUCAUUUGUACCUUUUAAUGUUUCAUGUGAGAUCCCUUGAUAAGUGAGAAAGUUAAUUCAGAUCUUUAUACUGUGGUAAUCUGAAGUCUGUUAAAUAUUUCCAAGGAUAUUUGGAUUCCAAAGAUAUUUAUAAUUUAAACUUGCAGUAAAAUACUUGACAGAUCUUUUCAAUAAUGGCGGAGUACCAAAAUAUAAUGGUCAAAGGGCUUCCAAGAUAUAUUGAUUUAGUAGUUACUUCAGCAACUUUUUCAUUUUAUACUUCAUAAAUAAUCCCCUCUAAAAAUGCUUGCAAAGAAACAUUAAGCUACAAGUGACUUUGAAAGUUGCAUAUUUAUAAAGUCAUUUUGGAUGGCGGUAGUUAAGUAUAAUCGUGUUGUAAUUUUUGGUUAUUAAGUUGAAUUCAACAAAAAGUAUCAAUUCUAUCUGAGCUGAGCUUCUGAAAGGCUCAUUUGAAUAAAAAAUACCUCCUUAUAUACCUAGAUUUUUAGAUUUCUUGAUAUAGUUUAGAAUAUUUUCAUUUUUGGUAAAUUUAAAAGGGACUACUGCAGUUUGCAUUACAAACAAAUUUUCUGAAAUGUGCAAUUUUUGUUUUUAAUUUGCAAACUUUUUGGUAUUUAAACCUAGUCUGUAAGCUUUAAAAAAUAAUAAUAAUAAUCCUUUACAUUUAUAUAGCACUUUUGUUUAAAAGGCGCUUAAAAUGUGUUGAAACAUUAAAUGUAGAAAAGCUACACAAAAGUUACCAUCCUGUCCAGUGCAGUAUUUAUCUAGUUAGUUAAUCUUGUUUCAUCUUUUCACAAAUGUGGAAAUCUAUAAUGUGUACUGUUUUGACUCUUAA